GUUGGUCUUUGUUUUCAGCCGAGCAGCUCUAACCUCAGUUCAUGUUAUUGAGUCACAAAACUAACGAACAGAAAGGACAACUUUUUGUUUUAAAUUUUGUGUUUGUGUGCUGUUUGGGCAAAGAAUGGACCUUAUCACACUCUGGUGGAGUUUCCUCUCUGACAGGAAGCUGACUUCCUCUGCUUCCUGUACUCUCCUCCUGUGUCCCCAGGAGGUUCUGUAAAAACCGAUUAGUGUCGUGGAGAACGAGACAGAAGUUAGUAAUAAGUCGACAGAGAGACAAAAGGAACAAUGGAAAAAACAAUUGAUGGACAGCAAAAGACAAACUGACACAAAAAUCCAUUCAGGAAGACAGUGGCCAGAACCCCGCUGACCGGUCCAGAGGACGACCAACGCACAAUGGACUAUGAACCAAAGAAAUCUAAGAAGGGUUUCGUGUCUCCCAUCAAGAGGCUGGUCUGGUCCAAGUCCAGCCGCAGGGCAGUGGAUCGAGGCAGCGUCUACCGCCGCCCCCUGCACACCGUCCCCCUCUACCCCCCCGACUACCUCAUCCACCCCGAGAGGCUCAUCUUCGACUACAUAGAGAAGGAAGUGAAGUUUCUGGGUCAUCUGACCUGGGUGUCUGUGUCGCUCAACCCCUCCAGCCGAGACGAGCUGCUGCAACUGCUGGACACGGCCAGGCAGUUGAAGGUGCUGCCACUGAAGACCAGCGUGGAUCAGGACUGUAUCCUGAGUCUGUCCGCGCGCUGUCUGCUGCUCACGUGGAGGGACAACGAGAAGCUGCUGAUGAGGAUUCCCACACACGAGGUCGCUGCAGCGUCCUACCUGAGAGACGACUCGCUGCACCUGCUGGUGCUUAAGACUGGUCUCAACGUAGACACGGUGGUUGCCGGGGACGACAGUCUGGACCGGAAAAAGCCAACGGGCCUCGAAGGGCGUCGACAAACCAUGAGCUGCAACGCGGACCUGCGACCUGCAGGAGGCACGAUGGAGCGGCGCCACACCAUCUGCGGAGUCGACUGGAGGCCGUCGCUGUCCAGGAGUAACCAUGACAAAAACCAGAACGUGGACCGAGUGGGAGGGGGAGAAAGGGGGAGGGGGGGCAGCUUGGAGAGGAAACGAGUGAGCGGGAGCUGGGAGAGGAGGCAGCAAUCACGCAAAACAGGAGGGAGCUGGGAGAACCGAAGAGGGAGGCCCAUGAGUGGGAACUGGGGAGUGGGAGUGGGAGUGGGAGGCGGUGCUGGAGGCAGCUGGGAGAGGAGGCACGGGGGAGGAGGCAGCUGGGAGAGGAGAGGAGGUGGAGGUGGAACUGGGGGAAGCUGGGAGCGGAGACAAGCCUGCACUGGAAGCUGGGAACGAGGGAAGAGCUACGGCAGCUGGGAGAGGAGGAACCACAACCCCCUGGAGCCCACGCCCUGCCCCGACGCCUACUGCAACCUGGUGAUCCUGGCCGUGGAGAACCGGGAAGCUGCAGAGGAGUACUGCUCUCUGAUCUGUCAGAUGUUCCAGAUCAUUUACGGCCAUCAGACCAUCGAGUGUGUCGACAGGGCCGGGUUUCACCACACCAUGCCGGACUGCUACUGGCUACAGAGGAGUGACAGCUGUUUGACCGACAUGUCCUACAGUUAUGAUCCAGAGUUUAGCUGUUGCAGCUCAUAUGAUGGUUCCCAGGACGCCUUUGAGCUCUACUACAGUGAGACGUGCAGCGAUUGCUCAUCUGUAUCGCUGCAGGAAUCCCAUCACAGUCUGGCGUCAGUCAGUGAUGGAGGAGACAGUAACCCCACCCUGCUGCUGAUGCAGGAGUACAUGAUCACCCUACGGAACAAGCUGAGUCCGGUGGAGCUCCAGCAGUUUGCAGUGUUACUCAGAGAAUACAGACUAGGAUCAAACAUUGAGCACUUCUGCUCCAAGCUGCUGGAGCUGUAUGGAAACAACCGCAGGUUUCUGCUGCUGGGCAUGCGUCCAUUCAUCCCUGACAGUGACGUCAGAGUGUUUGAGAGUUUCCUAGAGAGCAUUGGGAUUCGAGAGGGUGGAAUUUUAACCGAUAGCUUUGGACGUAUUAAACGCAGCAUGAGCAACACUUUGGCCUCAGCUGUGAGAGGAUAUGACAAUUGCUCUGUGGCGUCAGGAUCUCAGGAAUUUAACCGUCGCAUCACGGACAUCACCCACGACAUCCAGGCCCUGGGCUUACAGGACAUGCACGGAGACAUUGAGGAGGAGGAUUACUAUCUCUGAUGAUGAGUCGGAUUCCUCUAGUAUUUGACUACUGCAACUAGAACAUGAACCGUUGACCUAGAACCUAUAUCUAUAUGUCUGAUUUAAUAAACUUGCUUUAAGUAUG